AUUCAUCCGUAUAUAUUAAUAAGUAAUUAGUAUAAUCACAAUGUGCGUAGGCCUUUAGCUAUAUGGUGUGCGGGGGUACGUUUAAAUAUCGUUAGUAAACAGCAACCCGCAGUGAGCUCGGCCAGUGCAGUGCAACGUCGCGGGCUCUGCGCAUGCGUGCAUCGCACACUAUACUCGUGCCUGCAGCCACAAGUUCCUCACGUCAAGAUGAAGCUGGAGGCCAGCCUCACCGCAGACAACAUCAACCAGAAGCUGCUGAGCAUCGAGUACGCGGUGCGCGGGCCCAUCCUGCAGCGCGCGCAGCAGAUCGAGAGGGAACUCCAGAAGGGAGUGCCGAAGCCGUUCCCGCGUGUGGUGCGCGCCAACAUCGGCGACUGCCACGCGCUCGGACAGAAACCCUUCACCUUCAUCAGACAGGUUCUGGCGCUGGCGGCGUGCCCCGAGAUGGCGAGCGCCGCCGUGCCCGAGGACGUGCAGCAGAGAGUCAGGGAGAUCCUCGAGGACUGCACGCAAGGCUCAGUGGGGGCCUACUCCCCGUCAGGCGGGCUGGCGCUGGUGCGGCGGCGCGUGGCGGAGUUCCUGGCGGCGCGGGACGGCGUGCCGGCCAGCGCUGACGACAUCCACCUCGGCUCCGGCGCCUCUGACGUCAUCAAGGCAGUGCUCACCAUGUUCGCCGAGCAAGUUGACGGGAAACCAUCCGCGGUGAUGAUCCCAGUGCCGCAGUACCCGCUGUUCUCGGGCACGCUGUCGGAGCUGGGGCUGGUGCGAGCGGACUACCAGCUGGACGAGGAGCGGGCGUGGGCGCUGCAGCCCAGCGAGCUGGAGCGGGCGCACGCGGCCGCCAGCCAGCACGCGCGGGUGCGGGCCAUCGUCGUCAUCAACCCCGGGAACCCCACCGGACAGGUGUUAACUCGCGAAAACAUCGAGGAGGUGAUCAAGUUCGCCUACCAGCACGACCUGUUCAUCAUGGCGGACGAGGUGUACCAGGAGAACAUCGUCAGCAAACCAUUCCACUCCUUUAAGAAGGUGAUGCACGAGAUGGGUGGUCCGUACGCGGGCAUGGAGCUGGCCAGCUUCGUGACGUGCUCGAAGGGCUGGGCGGCGGAGUGCGGGCUGCGCGCCGGCUUCGUGGAGCUGCUGCGCCUGGCGCCGCGCGUGCUGGCCGCCUUCCGCGCCGCGCGCGCCGUCAUGCAGUGCCCCUCCGUGCUGGGACAGUGCGUGCUCGACUGCGUGAUGAAGCGUCCGGCGCCGGGCGAGCCCUCGUACGCGCAGUUCGCGGCGGAGCUGGCGGCGGUCCGGCGCGUGCUGGCCGAGCGGACCGCUACUGCCUACCACACCUUCAACUCAAUCCCCGGAUACUUCUGCAACCCCAUAGAUGGUUCGAUGUUCGCGUACCCUCGCGUGGAUAUCCCGGAGCGCGCGCAGGAGGCGGCGCGGGACCUCGGCCUCAGUCCGGAUGAGUUCUACUGCCUCCGGCUGCUCGAGGAAACUGGCGUGUGCGUGAUCCCGGGCACGGGCUUCGGGCAGCGCGCCGGCACCUUCCACUUCCGCACCACCAUCCUGCAUCCUCGAGACGAGUUCCAGCACAUGAUGGACUGCUUCCGAAGGUUCCACCUGGACUUCCUGGAGAAAUACUCGUAGAGAACACACCGAGAUUACAUCUGCUCAUAGAUUUAUUAAUGUAUAUGUGAAAAAUAAAAGUAUUUGUAUUUGGUAGGAUAUUAAGUAUACUAAAAGGUAUUAUUUCGUGAAAAGCUGACAUCAUUUAACUUAAGUAUUGUACCUAACUUGUUUCAGAGAUCUGUAAAACUUAAUUUACUAAUGCGCCUAGUUUAUUUAUCAUGACAUUAUCAUGUCUUUAAUUAGUAGUAACAAUCAUUAAUAAAGAAUAGUUACCUGAUAGUACAAACGCGGGAUUCCUCUCAAUUGCGUAAUUACUUGUCUGUGACGUCACCCUGAGUGUCAACUGUUUGUUCACUUGAUUACGCUAAUAACCUCGUAAUGCCAAUUAAUACGAGUUCAAUUAGUAUAAAGCUGAUCUGUUGCAGAACUAAGAUAUUUUAUGUAAAUAUGUAUUUUAAUUGGUAUAAUAAAUACAAUGUUAUUGUG